UGGACGUCACCGUCACAACAAUACCUCUGACGGUUUCCUAAUUGAACGCCGUAUAACGAAUCUCUGAGAGACUUUUCCGUAACAUGUAGCUGCCUGGCUAACUCUUAACACUUUAUAUUAACAAACAGGCAGCCAUGUUGCUACCGUCCGACGUCGCCCGGCUUGUUUUAGGUUACCUCCAAGAAGAGGGACUGUCAGCCACAACCCAAGCUUUCAUCCAUGAGUGCCCAAAUCUGAAAGAGUAUGCUGAACACACCACAGCAGAUGGGACCAUUCCUGCGUGUGUGUUUUCUGUCUUUGGGAAAGGCCUCACAACCAUCUUAAAUGAGUAUGUGGCUGCUAAAGCAAAAGAGUCUCGUCAUGAGGUGCCUGCCAUGAUGACUUCGCUGUGGAAAAAGCUGGAUUUUACACUCAACCAGAUCAAGUCAUUGCAGAAUUCCCCCGCUAUAUCAGCGAUUCAAAGAACACGUUCACGCAUCGGAGUGGCAAACAUGGCUCGACAGCGGGUCCUGACCGUAUCUUCAGCUGGUGGUGUUGUCUGCUCAUCAGUUUCUGAAACAAGCUCCAUCAUCAGCCCGGCACUCAGCUCCCACAGCAUGCUCAGCCACUCCACUCCCGUGAGCUACACUGCCACGCAAACCCGAUUAGCUACCGGCAGUGGCUCACAGCAGCAGAUCGGUGAUGUCAGCAGAAUACUAAAUACGCCCAGGGACUCGCCUGUUCAGAUAAUUGUUUCAGAACAACGGCUAAAUCAAGGCCCGAUGUCUCCUGGACGACGGAAAUGGGACACCCCCAGGAAGAGAGGUGGAGCUCAGAGUGGGUCUAGUACCCCUGGCAGAAGUGCCAUGACUGUGAAUACUCCCAGUGCAGAACCCCAACCUGAAGAGACCGUCGAUGAGAACUUUCCUCAACUUGUGAUACAAAAUGCACGAGACAAGAUACUGGGGGACAGAUCGUUACAAGAGAAGCUUGCUGAAAAUAUCAACAAAAUCCUCGCCAACGAGCCAACGCCCCAAUCAUCAAAGGCCCCUUCAAGUACAGUGGAGGCAGACCAGUCUAUAGAUGAAAUCCUAGGAUUACAGGGUGAAAUCCACAUGAGUGAUGAUGCCAUCCAUGACAUUCUGGAACAAACAGAGUCUGACCCGGCUUUCCAGGCCCUGUUUGAGCUUUUCGAUUACAACAAAACCAAAUUCACAGAUGGCGAAGCAGGGGAUGGAGAUAUUAGCACUAGUCCAGAAGAGAGUGACACUGCUGGACCUUCAUCUACAGUCGAACCCCUUCAGAGUGAUGAGCCAGGCACUACACAGAGAGAAGCCAACACUUCAGAUCCAACACCAGUGACGGUGAAGAUGAGAGCUGGACAGGAGCGUAAGACAAGAAAGCUGACUGCUUCCACCUUGUUAAAGAAAACAGUUCUUGGCCCCAGCGGGAGAGCAUCCAGAAUUGAAAACAGUUCAGCCAAACUGUUAGUGAGUCACGGGGAUCACCGAGGUGUCUCAUCUACUGCAGUGAACUCGAACAGAAAAGAAAAAGCCUCACUCUUCAGUAACAGUGAUUUUGGAACACCAAUGGAUAUUGAUGAACCGUUGAACACACCUCCCCCUCCUGCAGACUGUGUGGCCAUGCAGGAGACUUCCGCAAAGGACAGCACCUCCGUCACAAUUGCUCCCAGUGAACCAAACAUCCCUCCCUCCACUGCAUUUGCAGUGCCAGAAGUGACAUCUAAUGUUGACAAAAAACAGCAACAUAAACAAGCACAAGGAUGUAAAGUGCAACCUCUGAUAGCCCCCUGUACUUUUUUGUUUCCCUCACAAGUUGAACCGAACAACACUCCAGCGUCGACCGCUGACCUACCUCAUACAUCACUUUCAAACAGUGGAAGAGACACUCAAACAGGGUCUACUGUCUCAGUAACACCCGAAUCUGCGUCUUGCACACCUGCUUCUAGCAGUGCCACAGUUACAACUGCGCCUGCCUCACCCUCAUCAGUGUCCACUGUUGCACCAUUCACAGCGACACCUUGCUCACCCACAUCUGCCUCUACCUCUUCAACAAUUACAGCUACACCUGGCUCAUCCUCACCUGUGUCACCCACAUCCUCCUCAUCUUGUGUCCCACUUGGUGCAGCACCUGAUCCUCCAACCACCCCAAGCAAAGCUGCUGCCGAUUCCAGUAAUAUAGUUUCUUUGAAGAUCAUCAUCACUGAUAACCAGGAUGAGGAGUCUCCCAGUGACAAGGCCUUGAAUCAGGCAAUUUCUAGCAUUUCUGGUGACAAGAUACCCACCAUUUAUCUUUCCUCCCCAGCUAAGACCUCUGGAGGCCCUGGCACACCAAAGGCCAACUUGGAUGAGGCGGCACAGGCAGUUAGUGGCUUACAAAGCUCUGAGGCACAUGGUAGUCCUCUCAGCUAUAAGGCUGGGGCUUUGCUCGCAUCCCCAUUAACGGGGACAUCACAGGCCCAGCAAAACUACAUAAUCCAACUACCCCUGGACACCACUAACCCUGCCCUCCAAGGAGCCACUGCCAGUUACUUCCUUGUGACUGAACCUCCGAGUACAGAUGUUCAAACUAGACAGGUGCUGCUGUCUGCUGGUGUCUCAAAGGGACAGCCUUUGCCCACCAACCAGUAUGGGGUGACCACACCGACUCGCUCUCAAGGCUACUCCCCUGGGUCAACACUCAUUUUACCAUCCCCUGUGAAGCCCAUGGUGCUUCCUGUUUCUGUUAUGGGGCAGAAUACUCUGGGGAAGGUCCAGAUGGUGUCAAAUCAGCUUGUUGCCAUACCAAGCCCAGUACCAGCGCAGCAGUCAGAAGCUGUUAAGUCCAAGUCUCCGGCAAAGGCAAUCAAGCCAUCUACACCUGCUGGCACUGAGCAACACCUGGUUGGUAAGUUGGUUCAACCUGCACUGGCUGAAAACACAGGCCAGCAGGAUGCAUCAAAGGGUUCAAGAUUUAGGAGAAUUUUAUGUUUCGACUCUUCUGCAGAAGUGCAACCACAGACUGCUACAACAACAACAACCACCACCACCCCUUCAGCUACAAAUACAUCUCCAUCGCAAUCUGUCCAUCAGACUGAGAAAGAUCAUGCACGGUUGGUGCCUCGAACAAAACCUGCUAUCCUGGGUGGCAACAAGCCCAAGAGGAGGGUCGAAACCAUCAGAUGUUCAGCAGAUCCUCAGACUGGAGGAAGCUUUAUGAAGGACGCAGAGAAGUCAGUGCCUCCACAACAUCAACAGAAAGAUCCUCUUAAAAAGAACUCUCGCAAACAAGAUCAUAGCUUCCAUACCCAAGAGUCUCAAAGUUCAAGUAACAGCAAGGAUGAUGCAUCACAGCCUGAGACUUUGAAAAAGUCUGAAACAGGAGGGAGAUCAAAAUCUACUGACAGGAAACACAGUCAUAAUAAGGAUGGGGGUGGAGCGAAAGCUAAGGAUCCUCACACUUCUAGGUCAUUGUCAUCUGAUUCUGCACUGAAAUCAGGAACUAGAAAGGAGAAAGAGGAGAGCAGCAGGAAAGAACCUACAGAUAAAGCUCCUGCCAAAAUGCGUGAGGGCCGUACAGAGAAGAGGACUCCCUCUCAGGAGACGCCAAAUGUGACCGCUAACAAGGAAAAUGAGAUGAAGGGUAGCUUGCAAGAGCAGCAGCAGCAGUCAACACCUUCAUCCUCAGCAUUAAAAGACUUAAGCCCUCCUGCUGUUGCCCAGCCUGCAUCUAAUCCUCAGUCAAAGGCUACAAAAGCACCGUCAAAGACCAGCUCUCUGGCCAAACAGGCAGCUGAGAUGCUGCAGGACAUCCAGGGGCUUGGCUCUCCUUCCGCCCCAAUCAAGAGGCCUGGAGCGGGCAGUUCAGACCAUAGUCUUCCCAGGACCCUUGGGACUGGGCGUAACCAGGAGGCGUCCCCUGAACGUCCCAGGACUCCUUCCCGACAGAGGAAAGGUAGAGAUGGAGAGGCGACUCCCAAGCAUCUGAUGCCUCCCAACACCCCGGAUGUCCCCACCUGCAGCCCAGUCAGUGAGGCUGGCAGUGAGAACAGCAUUAACAUGGCUGCUCACACACUCAUGAUUCUGUCACGUGCUGCUAUCGCCAGGACAGGCACUCCACUGAAGGACAGUUUGCGUCAGGAGGAAGUAAGAGAAGGUUCUCCCACAAGCUCAAAGAACUCAAAGAAACGCAAACAGUCUUCUCCCUCAUCCAGCCCACCUGCAAAGAAGGAGUCAAAACAAUCUCCCAGCAAAAAGAAAGAUCGGGAAAGGAAGAAACUUGUGGAGUGCUUCCCCCAUGACUUGGAUGUGGAUAAGUUCUUGUCCUCACUUCACUAUGAUGAGUGAAACCAGACACACCAACAGGAAAGGACAACCAUAUCACUACCUGCUUAGGUUACUAUCCAGGAAUAGAACAAGCCAUCUGCUCAACCAGUGCCUAUGGUUUCUAUUAGUAACCUUGCCCGAGACCUUAUAAGCUGUAAUGUCUCCUUCAGCCAAUGAGGGACCUUGAUUUGUUUGAAUGUUUUCCAGUACUUAGUAGCAGCAGUAGGGCAACCACGGCGCUUUGUUUUCUCAUUCUCAUGCUCACUUCUGUUUAAAUUAUUGUUUUGUACCACAGCAAAACAGCGGGGCACUUGACAUAAUGGGUGCGUGUCGAUGAAAAGGGUGACUCAAAGCAUUUUCUUGGUCAAUAUUUGACUCUAGUUUGAUAAAUCCAGCUAACACUGACUGAUAGGUUGCUGUGUAAAAACUAUGUAAUAUCUACUGGUAACACUGAAAUGAGACCUCUCAUUGGUUUUACUUUGUCAUGUUAAAAACCCGAAAGCAAUGUGAAGAUCAUAUUUUAUGUCAUACAUGUGUACUUUACAUUUUGUACUUUUUUGUUGGUAGAAUCUGACACACAAAAUGGCUGCAACUGUUGAAAUUUCCAUUCUCAGGCUUCAUUCAGUGUUGUAAUAAAACAAAGAAACAGU